AUGAACGUUGGAUUUAGAUUUUUGUCUUCACGCGCAAGUGUAACACGCUUUGGUGUCGCAAUGGCCGCAAACGAGACCUCAAAUAUUGCUCCUGGACCAUACGCAGGAUGGACACGCGACAAACUCAUCGAACGACUCGUGGAACUUGAUGGACACUCGAUCACCGAAGAGCGGACAACAGACAAGUCAACAACACCGAAGACUUCAAUUCUACCUAUGAAGAAGAUCCAAAACAACGCAUUCGACUUCUCUAAAUACGCUCGUCGGAAGAUUGCUUUGAAGUUCUGCUAUUCGGGAUGGGAGUAUGGUGGUCUCGCGUUCCAGCUUGGGCCUACGCCUCUUCCGACCGUCGAGAAUGUUCUGUUCGACGCCAUGGCGAAAGCCCACCUUGUGGAUGCAUCUGGAGGGUUCGAAGCUUGUGGAUGGGAGAAAUGUGGGAGAACGGAUCGUGGUGUGAGUGCUGCUGGGCAGGUUGUGUCGUUGUGGAUUCGGAGCGCGUUUCCUCCAGAGCGGGAAAACGAAACCAUUCCAGAAAGCAAGACCACGUCAGAUGACCCAGAAAGUAAAGAAGACGACAGUCGGGAACUGGUGGACGACUUUGGAUCACUUUCGAUGGCACAAGAGCCAUCCUCGAACACGUCCGCACCGAAGCCCAAGAGACCUUCUGAACAGGUCGAACUCGACUACGUCACGAUGCUUAAUCGUAUCCUCCCUGAUACCAUCCGCAUCAUCGCUUGGUCUCCCGUCUCCACCGAUUUCUCCGCCCGUUUCUCGUGUAAGUAUCGACACUACAAAUAUUUCUUUUCCUCCCUCCACCUCGACAUACCUCUCAUGAAAGCUGCCGCUGAGCGUCUCGUCGGAGAACAUGAUUUCCGUAAUCUAUGCAAACUGGACGCGCAGAAGCAGAUCACGAGCUUCAAGCGCAAGAUCUCUAGGGCGAGUAUAACGCCUCUGGAGAGCAAUGACUCGGAGAACGGGAGGAUGUAUGUGUUUGACCUCGUUGGCAGUGCGUUCUUAUACCAUCAAGUCCGACAUAUCAUGUCCACCCUCUUUCUUGUUGGAUCAGGCCUCGAACCCCCAUCCAUGAUAACAGAACUGAUGAACGUUGCAGAGGGUGAAGAGCCUCUCCGAGAGGGCGACUCCUCCUACUCCAUUGUCGCCUCGAAGCCAGAAUACCAGAUGGCGGACGCACUUCCUCUGAUGCUGUGGGACUGUGCGUACGACGAAGCCGAGCUCGACUGGCGUAUUACAGGGCGGCUAAAUCAGAACGUUACCGACAACGCCGCUGGUGAACUCCACCACCAGAUGCAGAGCAUUUACACGCGCUCCCGGGUCUUUACCGUCCUCGAUCAGCAUUUUGCCAUGGCGGUAGCAAGGCACCAUCCUCCCCCACCUAGCAUCUUUCCUCUAGCUGAUGGGCCAGAUGAGUUAGCGCAGCUGAUGCAGAAGCCACCGAGGGAGAGGGUGAUGAACGUGCCACUUGGCGGUGGGACGUUCAAGAGGUUAAUGAAGUACGUGCCUGUAUUGCAGAGGAAGAGGUUGGAUACUGUGGAGGCUAUGAACGAGCGUUGGAGGUUGGGCAAAGGGGCAAGGAAGGGAGAGAAACAGAAGGUUGAAGAUAGGGAGGAGGAUGGGAAUGAGUGA